AUGGUCCUCAAGGCUUUAAACAUGGACGUAGACGAGAAAUGCACUGUGGCGAAGGGACCGUACAAAACAAUACCGGUGACCAUCCGCAACUGCACUGAGAAGGAGGUGGUGCACCCUCACGCCAGUUUCGGCCAGUUCGUACAAUGGCACGCCGAGAUCUUUAACUCCUCUGGGAAAACACUUAUUCAAUUCAAUUACACUGUGUUGAAGCCGAUGGAAACUGCCAAGGGUCCGUACAGAACUACACCAGUGAUUAUCCGCAACUGCACUGAGAAGGAGGUGGUCCACCCUCACGCCAGUUUCGGCCAGUUCAUACAAUGGCACGCCAAGAUCUAUAACUCUUCUGGGAAAACAUUCGUUCGAUUCAAUUAUACUGUAUUGAAACCGAUGGAAACUGUCAAGGGAAAAGUACGAUCCUCCUUUUGGGAAGACAACCAGUGGAAACUACGAUUGCUUAUACCAGGAUUUAGCUGCCUUAGAGCUAUUACUCGAAACAUCGCCCAGGCCCUGAAGUUUAAAAUAAAUAGUAAAUGCACUAUUACUGAGGGUUCAAGCACUGUUGACCGAUUUGACUACGACGCUUUGCACCAAGCUUGGGAACCCGAGACGGAAUACGGUCGGUGGACGUGGCAGUAUGAAUUAACUUCGAUCUUUGGACACGGCUAG